UGUGGGAAAGCAUUUAUUAGCAAGGUGCUUUUGUCUCAUUCUAUUACCGGUGUUACUUUACAUGCUAUUUUUUUAUAUUCAUCUUUCUAUUCUGAACAAAAGUGGAAGCGGCGAUGGAUUCUACAGUUCUGAAUUUCAGUCGCUAUUACGGGGGAAUUCGUUAUAUAAUGCAACCAUGCCACGGCAAUUAGCUUACGGUGCCUCAAUUACUUUAAAGAAUCAUCGCACAGGCGGCGGUUAUUUGCAUUCCCACUGGCACUUGUAUCCCGAAGGAGUUGGCGCCAGACAGCAACAGGUUGGUAGCAGUUAGAAGAAACGCAUUAUUUAUAACGCUGUUAUC